GUUUCUCGAUUGUUGGGCAUGAGAUUAGGUUUCCAUUCUCAAAGUAGCAAUUUUUCUAGGGUUUGAGUUCGGCGUCUUUCCAGUGAUGUGAAGAAGUUUUUGGAGAUUGCUAUUGCGUCGUAGUUUCUGAGUUACUGAUGCGGUUUAGUUUGAUAUCUACCUGUUAGGGUUUCCAAGGAACAGAGGAUUAGGGUUUUACUGAGAUUAGAACGGACUUGCUCCGUAGUUGCAUUUAGAAACCGGGAUGGGUGCUCCUAAGCAGAAAUGGACACAAGAAGAAGAAUCAGCUUUAAAGUCUGGCGUUAUAAAGCAUGGACCUGGUAAAUGGCGCACAAUUCUCAAAGAUCCUGAAUUUAGCGGAGUCUUGUACCUGCGUUCCAAUGUAGAUCUCAAGGACAAAUGGAGAAACAUGAGUGUCAUGGCGAAUGGGUGGGGAUCGCGCGAAAAAUCUAGGUUAGCAGUUAAAAGGACGCUCUCCCUUCCUAGACAGGAAGAGAACUCACUAGCCUUAACCCCUUCUUUGCAAAGUGAUGAAGAAAUGGUGGAUGCAAAGCAUUAUUCAACUACUGGCUCCUCUGCAUUGCAAGUGCAAGUUUCUUCUACUCCUGCUCCAAGGAGACCUAAUGUAAGGUUGGAUAGCCUUAUAAUGGAGGCAAUAGCUACCAUAAAGGAGCCUGGUGGCUGUAAUAAAACAACAAUUGGUGCUUACAUUGAGGAUCAAUAUCAUGCUCCACCAGACUUCAAACGGUUGUUGUCUACCAAGCUAAGGUACUUGACAGCUUGCGGUAAACUUGUGAAGGUUAAGCGCAAGUAUAGAAUUCCAAACUCCACUCCGUUGUCGUCCCACAAGAAAAAAGGUCUAGGGAUGUUUGCAGGAAGACAGAGGACGUCUUCUUUGCAUUCACCCAAAACAGACAGAGAUGAAACGAUUUUUCAGACAAGGUCACAGGUUGAUGCAGAGUUAGCCAGAAUGAAGAGUAUGAACGUACAUGAGGCAGCAGCAGUUGCAGCACAGGCAGUUGCAGAGGCAGAAGCUGCCAUGGCAGAGGCUGAGGAAGCUGCAAAGGAAGCAGAGGUAGCAGAAGCGGAAGCAGAAGCAGCCCAAGCUUUCGCUGAAGAAGCUUCAAAGACAUUGAAAGGAAGAAACAACUGCAAAGUGAUGAUCCGUGCUUGAGAUGAUGGAAAACGAAGAAGAAGAAGAAGAAGAAGAAGAAGAAGAAGAAGAAGAAGAAGAAGAAGCUAAAGGUGAAGAGAGAGAGAGUAGAGAGUGGCCUAGUGUUUGUGUUGAUGAUCCUCUCGUCUUGGGAAGUCUUUUUAGUAGUAAGCAAUUAGUAUGUAUGUGUCUGUUCCUUGUUUCUUCACAGUUGACCCACUUUUGUAUCCCUUCGUUUGGAUUUGUAAACUUUUCAAAUUUGCAAUUCUUAGGAAUUUCAUGUACA